GAGCUCUUGCCUGCUGAUCAUCCAGUGACUGUCACCAUGGCCAGCAAGAGGAAAUCCACCACCCCAUGCAUGAUCCCAGUGAAGACCGUGGUGCUGCAGGAUGCUGGCGUGGAGCCCCAGCCCGUGGAGCCCGGGCCUGACAGGCCCCAGCAGGACCUGCCUCCAGAGGCACCUGCCCCCAGCAGUGAGGCAGCCCAGAGCUCCAGCGGCCCUGACGGCUCUGCACUGGCCAAUGGGCAUCGCAGCACUUUGGAUGGUUAUUUAUAUUCCUGUAAAUACUGUGAUUUCAGAUCCCAGGAUAUGGCCCAAUUUGUGGGACACAUGAACUCAGAGCACACAGACUUCAACAAAGACCCAACUUUUGUAUGCACCAAGUGCAGUUUUUUGGCAAAAACCCCUGAGGGGCUUUCCCUGCACAAUGCCAAGAGUCACUUGGGGGAAGCUAGCUUUGUGUGGAAUGUGGCCAAGCCAGACAAUCAUGUAGUCGUGGAGCAGAGCAUCCCUGAGAGCACAGGCACUUCCUCUGACCUAGUAAGUGAGCCCAGUGUCGAAGGGACUGAUGGACAAGCAGAAAUCAUUAUUACCAAAACCCCAAUCAUGAAGAUAAUGAAAGGCAAAGUUGAAGCCAAAAAAAUUCACACACUCAAGGAGAACACCCCCGGCCAACCUGUGGCUGAGGCCUUGCCAAGGCCAUUGACUGGAGAAGCAGAGGUGAAAGAGGGGGACCACUCCUUUGUCAAUGGAGCAACUCCAGUCAGCCAGCCUUCUGCCAGCUCCACUAAGGCCCCCCAUGCCACUAAUGGGCCCCUGAUUGGAACGGUACCAGUUUUGCCAGCUGGGAUAGCCCAGUUCCUCUCCCUCCAGCAGCAGCCCCCACUGCAUGCUCAACACCACACCCACCAGCCCUUGCCCACGUCCAAGGCCCUUCCCAAAGUGAUGAUUCCCCUGAGCAGCAUUCCAACGUACAACGCGGCCAUGGACUCCAACAGCUUCCUGAAGAACUCCUUCCACAAGUUCCCCUACCCAACCAAAGCUGAGCUCUGCUAUCUGACUGUGGUGACCAAGUACCCGGAAGAACAGCUCAAGAUCUGGUUCACAGCCCAGAGGCUGAAACAAGGCAUCAGCUGGUCUCCUGAGGAGAUCGAGGAUGCCCGGAAAAAGAUGUUCAACACAGUGAUCCAGUCUGUACCCCAGCCCACAAUCACGGUCCUCAACACCCCUCUGGUCGCCAGUGCUGGUAACGUCCAGCAUCUCAUCCAGGCCGCUCUCCCAGGCCAUGUGGUGGGGCAGCCAGAGGGCACGGCAGGGGGACUUCUGGUCACUCAGCCACUGAUGGCCAAUGGACUGCAAGCACCAAGCUCAUCUCUCCCCUUGGCUGCAACAUCUGUCCCUAAGCAGCCAGCGGUGGCACCCAUUAACACCGUGUGCUCCAGUGCAGCCUCGGCCGUGAAGGUGGUCAAUGCAGCCCAGACGCUCCUCACGGCAUGCCCCAGCAUAACUUCCCAAGCCCUCCUGGAUGCUAGCAUCUACAAAAAUAAGAAAUCUCAUGAGCAGCUGUCAGCCCUGAAAGGGAGCUUUUGUCGGAACCAGUUCCCUGGUCAGAGUGAAGUUGAGCAUCUGACCAAGGUGACCGGCCUGAGUACCAGGGAAGUACGGAAGUGGUUCAGUGAUCGGAGGUAUCACUGUCGCAACCUGAAGGGCUCCAGGGCCACGAUGCCGGGGGAGCCAGGGUCUGUCCUCCUGGACUCGGUGCCUGAGGUGCCCUUCCCCCCGUCAGCCAAGGCCCCCGAGGUAACCUGUGUCCCCUCGGCAGCCACACUGGCAGGCCACCCUGCCGCCAAGCGACAGUCCUGGCACCAGACUCCUGACUUCACGCCUACCAAAUACAAGGAGCGAGCCCCUGAGCAGCUCAGAGCCCUGGAGAGCAGUUUUGCACAAAACCCUCUUCCUCUGGAUGAAGAACUGGACCGCCUGAGAAGUGAAACCAAAAUGACCCGAAGGGAAAUUGACAGCUGGUUUUCAGAGAGGCGGAGAAAGGUGAAUUCCGAGGAGCCCAAGAAGGUUGAUGAGAGGGCCUGCCAGGAGGAAGAGGAAGCUGCCGAGGAUGAGAGGGGAGAAGCGGAACUGGCCAGUGAGCUGAGGGUCCUUGGUGAAGACGGCUCCCCUGAAGGGCCCAGCGGCCACACCUCAGCAGAGCGCAAAGUCAGUCCCAUCAAAAUCAACCUCAAGAACUUGCGGGUCACAGAAGCCAACAGCAGGAGUGCGCUUCCGGGCCUGGGCGCCUGUGAGCCUGAGGAAGACGCAGCCAGCAAGCUGGUGGAGCAGCCCCUAGGCAGGGUGAGCUACAAAAAGACGGCCCAGCAGAGGCACUUGCUGCGGCAACUCUUUGUGCAAACACAGUGGCCGAGCAACCAGGACUACGACUCCAUCAUGGCCCAGACAGGUCUGCCUCGGCCAGAGGUGGUGCGCUGGUUUGGGGACAGCAGGUACGCCCUGAAGAACGGCCAGCUCAAGUGGUACGAAGACUACAAGCGCGGCAACUUCCCCCCAGGGCUGCUGGUCAUCGCUCCUGGCAGCCGGGACCUGCUGCAAGACUACUAUGUGACGCACAAGACGCUGCGUGAGGAGGACCUGCAGGACCUCUGUGACAAGACCCAGAUGAGCUCCCAGCAGGUUAAGCAGUGGUUUGCUGAGAAGAUGGGUGAGGAGAGCCGGGCUGUGGUGGAUACAGGCACUGAGGACCAGGGCCCUGGUGUGGGUGAGCCUGCGGCCAUUCACAGAGGGAUUGGUGACACCUGCUUGGAAGUAACUGAUAGCAGUGAGCUGUGGGAGCCUCGUGUCCCUGAGGCCAGCUCGGAGCCCUCUGACGCCUCAAGUCCCCGACCUGGGCCUCAGCUAGAAACAGACUGACUGUGAUUGGAGCUCUGUGAAGGACUGGCCAGUCUGGAUGCUGCCUGCCACAAGCAAGGGCCAAACCCGACUCUCUGCAGCCACACGCUGUUCCUGGCCACCAGGCACUCGA